GUGUCAGCUUGUAGCAUAUAAAAGAGAGGUAAACAAAGUCUGGAGUUAUCAGUACCGAACACAAGCGUUCUCCAAAAGCAUCAGUUGCAGAGUUCUUGUGAAAAUAAAUAAAUUGCCACUAUGACGAAGAUAACACUUGUAACUAUACUGGUAAUUGGGUUUGUUCUCGCUACAUGCGAAAUCGUUAAAGGAAAUCCCUUUUCAACUGCUGUGCGAGAUAACAGAAGGCCUGCAAGAUCACCAACGUCCGUCAACAACGACGAUAUGGAAAAGUCUGAAACUUAUUGGUAUGGAUAUCAGCCUCGCUACUAUAACAUCAUGAACCCGUACUACAACAACGACUUCAUCUAUCGGGGAUUUAAUCAGUACAACCCGUACGCAUACAUGCAGCAGCCAUUUUAUCAGAAUCCUUAUUCUUAUUAUUUUUAAAAAUAUGUUUGAUGAGAUAUAACAAUGAUGCAAAAUGUGAGUAUCUAGGAUGGUCAUAACUUUCUCUCUUCAAUUCGUAAUUGCAAUAAAUUCGUAUGAACAAAUUA